AUCUUCCAUCUUCGUCCUUACUUCCAGAUAACAUGCUCGUCAGCCUAUCCACUCAGGCCUCCAGAAGUAUCAUUCGAUACUCCCAUUUACCAUCCGAAUAUUGAUUUCCUUGGUGGGAGUAUUUGUCUGAGCAUUUUCACACAGUGGCGAACAUGCUACGGCUUGUUGGACUUGGUGAAGGCUAUUCUUUACCUCAUUGAUCAUCCCAAUUUCGAAUCACCUCUCGCUGAAUUUCGGGAAGAAUCGACGCAAGAGGCCAUAGCAACGAAAUCAGCUCUACUGUUGGCUGGUUUGCCAGUAGAUGGGCAACGUUUCGCACCGAACAAAACGUGGUGUGAUUGGGCUCGAGAUAAUAACUGUCUUCCCACUGCUGACGAUGUGAGGGAAGGGUAUAUUUGGACUGCGCCCAAGGAGGAGAUUCAUGUUUCCUUGGAUAUUUUUGAAAAGGAGAGUGAUGACUCUGAGAGCAACGAUGAGGCCCUAUCAGAAAUUUGGUCAGAUGUAUCUUCGGAUACAAUUCCUUCAUUUGCAAAAUUUCGCAAUUCAAUCGCUGAUGACGAUGAUUUCUGUGACGCCAGUCGCUCUCUUUCGCAAUAUUAUAAACCCUAUACUCCCUUUGAACUUGGAAUGCAUCGAAUAAUCCUAUUUAAGCCAACUCACAAAGAUUGUCCAGAGCAGAAGUCAACAUUUUAUUACGGUGAAGUCUUGUGUAAUCGGUACCAUUUAGAAGAAAUUGGAUUGCAAUAUCUCGAUAUCUUCAAAGGGAGCUUGACUUUCGAUAUGCAGGUCGACCAAGAGACUAGACAGCGGUCAAGGAUAUGUGUAUGGCAGCCCUUCGUUGAGGAAAUAUAUAGUCACAGCGCGUAUUCACAUUCUCUUCGCAAAUAUCACCUCGCACAGCUAUUUCUAGAACCGAGACCUCCAAGGAAUUUAACAGCCGACUUCUGUCCUUGGUCGAAGGAAGAUGGUUUAGGUGUAAAUUAUCUGCUUGACGGACUGUUUUUCGACAAGGAAAGAAGAGGAGGAGACUUUGUAUGCUUUCUUGAUGAAGGUUCUGAGGGGAAAGGAAGCAGUAGUAAUGUAUUGGUUGAGUUGUUCAACACUGAAAACUUGGACGAAUGGGAAUAUGAGGCGACGAGUAGUGUUGAAGAGAGUAUUGAGGAUCAAUCCGAACUUGCUUCAGUUGCACACAGUAUUGAGAAAGAAGAAACAGGGGAGUCACCGAUCUCAAUCCUUGAUGAGUCAUCGCAAAUGUCUUGGUUAAGAUGUGGGACUUCCAUGAGAUUAUGCAGUAAUUGUAACGAAAAUGCGCAGCUAAUGUUUGACCUCAUUAACCGUGAUAUGCCUACUGAUUGGAAAUGGGUAUUUUUGCAAACAAGGUGGCCAAUUCGAUUCGCACCACAACAGUCAGUAGAGUUGAACAUAGCCGAUAUCUGUGUACCACCAUGGCGAGUUAGUGCGGGUCGCCUACUUCAUGAUGUGUGUCACUACUGCACGAAGAAUCCCCAUCUCGAAAACCUCGUACUCUUGGAUCCCAUGUCGCUGUCUCCACUGUCCCCACUGCAAAAUCUGAUGCAGCGGAAUGCGAGCAAAAGCGGACAAAUGACUGGAGUCCUAUGGAUGAGCCCUCUUCAAGCUCUCUCCCCCCUUUUCCAAGUGCCCAUUUCAACGAAUAACUGUCCAUCACCCAGUACUCUACGUUACCUCACUGUGAGUGCUUUUGCCACCAACUGGGUGUCGUGGCUAUCACGAGUGGAAGUCUAUUCUUCGCUUGGAUUCUCACGUCCCCUACCGAAAUACGUGACUGAUUCGGUGGCAGCUCAUAUUCUCCAGCCUUUUAGUCUGGGUUGUGGAGAAGCUCCAUUACUCGAUCUUUACCCAUUGUGGUUGCUUCGAAAUAUUCUUAGGUUCACUCUCCAUCUGCCAGGGUUCCUUUCCUACCUACUCCAGUCUAUCAGUUCUUGUGGAAAUGAGUCUACUAGAUGUACUCACGCGUUCUUUCCUUUUUCAGAUGUGGAUGAAAUUUGA